UCUCAGGGAAGAAGGAAGGGGCUGGGGGGUGCUUGCUAUCAGAGCAUUUUGCCUAGAAAUGAAGAGCAUGCAAAUGAGAUGCAAAUUAGCCUCUAUUGUCCCCAGCUAGGGAGCUUUUGCUAAGAAGGCUGCUAGAUUCUGAAGGUUUUAAUGUGGGAGUGGUCGUCAUGCCCUCCAAACUCUCCCAGUCACCCCUUUUCCCAAGACUGGUCCUGCAGUUCCAGGAGUUUCUGGGUAGGGGCCAGCCCCAGCCCCUGCCCUCACAUCUCUGGGCAUGAAGCAGCCAGCACCUUUGUAAUCAGGCUCAAUGUCAAUGUGCCCCCCACUCCCAGGGCAGCAUCUCCCCUACCCUAGCUUCAUUAGACUUCUCCUGAAUGUUCACAUUCACUUUUAUUGGAUGUGGUAAGGAGGUAUAGCUCAGCCUCUUCCCUCCUUCUGUCCCUUCUUCCAUCAGGUCAGAGGUCUCCUAUCCCCCUCAAACCCCCACAGGAGUCACCACCCCAGGGCCAGCAUAUGGGUGAGGGGGCACCCCCUGGGGCCUGAGCUGCCCCACACAGGAUGCCCCGUGACCCCCGCUUCAUGCCCUUGCUGCUACUGCUGUUGCUGCUCUCACUUCCCCACACCCAGGCUGCCUUUCCCCAGGACCCCCUCCCUCUGCUGACCUCUGACCUGCAAGGUAUUUCCCCAUUAUCCUGGUUCCGGGGCCUGGAGGAUGACGCUGUGGUUGCAGAACUUGGGCUGGACUUUCAGAGAUUCCUGACCUUGAACCGGACCUUGCUAGUGGCUGCGCGGGAUCACGUUUUCUCCUUCGACCUUCAAGCCCAAGAAGAAGGGGAGGGGCUAGUGCCCAACAAGUAUCUAACAUGGAGGAGUCAAGACAUGGAGAACUGUGCCGUGCGGGGGAAGCUGACGGACGAGUGCUACAACUACAUUCGUGUUCUCGUUCCCUGGGACUCCCAGACACUCCUUGCCUGUGGAACAAACUCAUUCAGCCCCGUGUGCCGCAGUUAUGGGAUAACUUCGCUGCAGCAGGAGGGUGAGGAGCUGAGCGGGCAGGCUCGAUGCCCCUUUGAUGCCACCCAGUCCAACGUGGCCGUCUUUGCAGAGGGCAGCCUGUAUUCAGCCACAGCCGCGGAUUUCCAGGCCAGUGACGCUGUGGUUUACAGAAGCCUUGGGCCUCAGCCCCCACUCCGCUCCGCCAAGUACGACUCCAAGUGGCUCCGAGAGCCACACUUUGUCCACGCUUUGGAGCAUGGAGACCAUGUCUACUUCUUCUUCCGAGAAGUCUCUGUGGAGGAUGCCCGGCUGGGGAGGGUACAGUUCUCCCGUGUGGCCCGUGUGUGUAAGCGUGACAUGGGCGGCUCACCUCGGGCCUUGGACCGCCACUGGACAUCUUUCCUGAAGCUGCGGCUCAACUGCUCUGUCCCUGGGGACUCUACCUUCUAUUUUGACGUCUUACAGGCCUUGACAGGGCCUGUGAACUUGUAUGGCCGCUCUGCUCUCUUUGGGGUCUUCACCACCCAGACCAAUAGCAUCCCCGGCUCUGCGGUCUGUGCCUUCUACCUGGAUGAUAUUGAGCGUGGGUUUGAGGGAAAGUUCAAGGAGCAGAGGAGUCUGGAUGGGGCCUGGACCCCUGUGUCUGAGGACAGGGUCCCCUCCCCCAGGCCAGGAUCCUGUGCAGGAGUAGGUGUAGCUGCAUUGUUCCCCUCUUCUCGAGACCUCCCUGAUGAUGUCCUGACCUUCAUCAAGGCUCACCCACUCCUGGACCCUGCCGUGCCACCUGCCACCCAUCAACCUCUGCUUACCUUCACCAGCAGGGCCCUACUGACCCAGGUAGCUGUGGAUGGCAUGGCUGGUCCUUACAGUAAUACCACAGUCCUGUUCCUUGGCUCCAACGAUGGGACAGUGCUGAAGGUGCUGCCCCCAUGGGCGCAAUCUGGGGGCCCUGAGCCCAUUCUGUUGGAAGAGAUCGAUGCCUACAGCCCCUCCCGGUGCAGUGGGAAGCGGGCAGCCCAAACAGCACGGCGGGUCACAGGGCUGGAGCUGGACACUGAAGGUCACAGGCUCUUUGUGGCUUUUUCUGGCUGUAUCAUCUACCUCCCUCUCAGUCGAUGUGCCCGGCAUGGGGCCUGUCGGAGGAGCUGUCUGGCUUCUCAGGACCCAUACUGUGGAUGGGACAGCUCCAGAGGCUGUGUGGAUAUCAGGGGACCUGGUGGGAUUGAUGUGCAUCCAGCUGGGAACCAGGAAUCCAUGGAGCACGAUGACUGCCAAGAUGGAGCUACUGGGAGUCAGUCUGGCACAGGGGAUUCUGCUUAUGUGCUUCUGAGUCCUGGUCCUUCCCCUGAGACCCCAAGCCCCCCCAGUGAUGCCCACCCCCGGCCCCAGUCUUCCACUCUUGGAGCUCACACUCAGGGCGUGCGACGGGACCUCCCGCCAGCCUCAGUCUCCCGCGCCAUCCCCAUCCCACUCCUCCUGGCCUGUGUGGCCGCAGCCUUCGCCCUGGGCGCCUCGGUCUCUGGCCUUCUGGUCUCCUGCGCUUGUCGCCGCGCCCACAGACGUCGGAGCAAGGAUAUCGAGACUGCGGGGCUCCCGCGCCCUCUCUCCCUUCGCAGCUUGGCCCGUCUGCACGGGGCGGGCCCAGAGCCGCAGCCAACGUCCAAGGACGGAGGGGGCGCACAGACACCCCAGCUCUACACCACCUUCCUGCCUCCUCCCGAGGGCGUACCCCCGCCGGAGCUGGCUUGCCUGCCCACCCCGGAGUCCACGCCGGAGCUGCCGGUCAAGCACCUCCGCCACGCCGGGGGUCCCUGGGAGUGGAACCAGAACGGGAACAACGCCAAGGAGGGCCGGGGCCGCGCCCGGGGCGGGAACACAGCGGGCGGCCCCGCGCCGCGCGUGCUGGUGAGGCCGCCGCCGCCCGGCUGUCCCGGGCAGGCCGUGGAAGUCACCACCCUGGAGGAACUGCUGCGCUACCUGCACGGCCCGCAGCCGCCCAGGAAGGAGGUGGAGCCCCCGGCCGCCGCCCCUUUCACCUCGCGGGCGCUGCCGCCCGAGCCCGCCCCCGCCCCCACCCUCUUUGCCGGCCCCUGCCUGCUCCCCCGGGACUGUGCCACGCCUCGGAGGCUGGACGUGCCCCCGGAGGGCAAGCGCCCGGCCCCCGCCACCCGGCCUGCUCUCUCUGCCCCAGCUCCCCGGCUCGGGGUGGGCGGCAACCGGAGGUUGCCCUUCUCCACGCACCGUGCACCCCCCGCGCUGCUCACCCGAGUACCCUCGGGAGGCCCCUCCAGGUACUCCGGGGGUGCCGGGAGACACCUCCUGUACCUGGGCCGGCCUGAGGGGCACCGGGGCCGCGCCCUGAAGAGGGUGGACGUCGAGAAGCCCCAGGUGCCCCUGAAGCCUCCCCUCGUCGGGCCUUCCUCGCAGUCGGCCGUCCCUAGUGGCAACCAUUUUAACUUUUAAAGGGAGCUGCUCCAAGGCCUCAAAUGGUACCCUCGAGGCCCAUGCCCUCAGAGGCCGUGAGCGUGGACGCAUCUCCAAGGACAGAUCACCUCCCUCUCUCCUUGUUCCACACCUCCAGCCUUCCUGGACUCUGAGAGUCUCCCGGGGUCCCCGCCCGCCCCGGGUUUAUUUAUUGACUGCCGACUGUCUUUCCCCCGUCCUCGAGAGAGGAGUGGGAGGUGAGAAGCUCGCCCCCUCAGUGAGCCAGCUUUUCGGGGGGAACUGGCACACUCCAACUCCCCCACCUCCCUCAGCCAAGCUGCCUUAACUCGCCCCUCCGGGCCUCCACAGACUGGGCCCCGGGCGGGCCGCACGGCGGACGGACGGGGCUGCGCCACGCCCGUUGUGUAGAGUCCUCGGGCCUCCUGGGACGUGCCUCCUCCUACUGUGUAGGAGCCUCCCCUUCCCAAUACAGCUGUGUCCCCGA